CCUGCAGUGCUGAGCAAGUGUCCACCCACGAGACAAACUGAGUGAUUCUCUUAGUUCCUGUCUCAUAGUCAACGCCUCCUUCCUCUCAAAUAUCCUGUGAGGCUCUUCUCCCCAACAAGCUUCUCAUUCUCUGUCAUGAUUCGAGGUGACUCAACUCUUCAAAAAUGGUCUACAUCAACAACACACAGACGGAACAGAACAACACCAUGGAUGUCAACAGUGUGUUCACAAAGCAGGUUCUGCCUGUGUUUUACUCCAUCAUCUGCGUUUGUGCCUUCAUUCUCAACGGACUUGCGGCUUGGAUCUUCUUCAGGCUUCCCAGCUCCUCUGCUUUAGUUGUUUACCUAAAAAACAUGGUGGUGGCAGACAUUCUGAUGCUGUUCACCUACCCGUGGCGUGUGGCCGGUGACCUCGGUUGGGGUGGCUUGCAGUUGAAGAUGAUAGUUUGCCGCUACACAGCUGUGCUUUUCUACCUCAGCAUGUACACAGGAAUAACCUUUAUGAGCCUCAUCAGCUUGGAGCGCUACUUCAAAAUCAUCCGCAGCACCUCCGGUGUGUCUUCCUUUCUGCAGCGCGUUUCGGUAGCGAGAGGUCUCGCGCUGCUAACUUGGGCCGUCAUGAUGUUCUCCGCUCUGCCGAACACCAUAUUAACCAACCAGCCCAUAGAGCCCGGCCCAGCCCCUAAAAAAUUUUCCUGCAUGGACCUGAAAAGUGUGCUGGGUCGGCGCUGGCACGACUUUUCAGCCCACUUCGUCGUUGGAGUCUUCUGGGUGGCGUUCAUGCUGAUGGUGUUUUGCUACACCUCCAUCGCCUGUCACGUGUACCGCUCUUACAAACGGGUGCAAAGGAACAGCAGUGAGGCGAGACGACGGUCAAAUCGAAGCAUCUUCAGCUUGCUGGCCGUGUUCGUCUUCUGUUUUGUGCCCUACCACUUUUGUCGCGUUCCCUACACGCUUACCCAAAGGCUCGAGGCUGGUUUUAGCUCGUACGAACGCUACAUUCUCUUCCAGAUGAAAGAAACUACGCUCUUUCUAUCCGCCCUUAACGUCUGUCUGGAUCCCGUCAUUUACUUCUUAAUGUGCAGGACAUUCAGAGAGUCACUUUUGAAGAUGUUGUCUCCUGUAAACCGAGACAACAGGAGGCCUUCAAUGGGCACUGGGCUGAGUAUCACUAAUCUGUAAGAGGAAAAGCAACGAAGGAAAUGGAAAAUGCCAUUUUCAAGAUGAAAAAGCAGAUUUUACAUUUUAAAAACACGUAUCUUGCUGUGGUUUCCGUGCAUUAAGAAAAAAGCAGAAUGAAAGAAGGUCACACCGAAGUGGUGUUUUCCAGAAAACCAGAAUCCAACCACAGCUCUCAAAAUCAUACUGAAAUAAGC